ACUUGUUCCUCAUCUGUGUUGUGGUUUACCACUCAGAAUCAGGGAUUAAUUCACAGCCGCUCUGCCACUCUGUGCUUGUCAGGCUGCCUGUGAGGCUACUACUGUAUCAUCAUGUGAGGCAGCUGGAAUGUGAUAGAGAGCCAGACUGCCAAGGAGGUGACACCAUCACCGGGGAGGGAGAGUUGCCCUGGACCACUUCUGCUUCUGAUCGCUGCCUCCUGCACCUAGCCUUCUCAGUUUGUUUUGUUGUGUUGUGUGUGUGUGUGUGUUUGUGUAUGUGAGAGAACAGUGUGUGUCUGUGUGGAUAUGUGUGUGUGACACAGAGAGAACCACAGCCGCAGCGGAGGAAGGAGGAGCCAAGCAACCAGGGAGGGAGCUGGAUGCUCGUGGGUUGCCGUGACAGCACCACAGCCUGCUGUUUCUAGUGACGACUGAUGCAAGAAUGUGUGUCUGAACUGUUCUAGGGAGGGGGAACCAGAGGCUGUCUGUGUCCAGCCCAGCUUGCAGUGUCCUGGGUGCCCCUUCUGUGCCCGUCUAUCUGUCCGUCACAGAGGUUGGAGGUGGCCCUUGCUUUUUCACAACGCGGUACUCAGUCACUUGAAGAUUGUCAUCUUCCUCCUCCUCUUCCUCCUCAUGCGUCCCUGUGAUCUCCAACAGAAGCAGCAGCACUACCGGGCUCUCUCCUCUGUCAUGCUCUGUACCACUGGGGGCUCAAUGGUGCUAAGCUCCGGGUGAUCCUGCUUACCUGCAGCUCAGCCCCCUCUCCUCCCUCCUAGCCUGUGUGGUGGACAGGACUGAACCCCCACUAGUGUGGUCAACCUCUAGGUUACCUUGGUCUGACCCCAGCACUACCCAGCCACUUGCUUUCUGCUCCACUGCCAGUGAAAAACAAUGACUUCUCAAGAGGAGGAAGCAUCGUUCAGCAGGUUCUUCCAGUAUGUGGAGGACAGUGGACUCAGGGCCUAUGACGGACUGGUCAUCCAGAAUGCCUCUGACAUCGCCCGUGAGAGCGACCGCGUCCGGAAAGAGACCAACUGGGCCUACCUUCAGGAGAAACACGAUAAGAAGAGAAGACAGGAAGAAGCCAUAAAGAGGAUCGGUGAGGAUGUGGCGAGGGCGACGGAGGGAAGCUACGCAGGGAAACACUUCCGCAUGGGCUUCAUGACCAUGCCAGCACCCCAGGACCGCCUUCCCUCCUCCUGUGGCCAGGGCUUCACUGUGCGUUCCCAGUCUCUACACUCCGUCGGCGGGGGUGAUGAGGAUGGGAGCCCCAACUCCCGUAAGCAACCGCCGCCCAAACCCAAGAGAGACCCCAACACCAAGCUCAGCAUCUCCUCUGAGGGUGUGAACUCUGGAUCUGCGUCCAGCAAUUGCAACAGAGACAGCUUGGUCAAGUUUGACCGGUCCAAGUCGCGACCGUUCAGUGAGGAGUACAAGCGGAUCCCUCCUCCCAAGCCAAAGAGGAACCCUAACACGCAGCUGAGUACCUCCUUUGAUGAGUCCUACAUCCAGAAUCACGGCAACAGGAAGGAAGGAAGGAGGGAAAAGUCCUCAUCGCAGAGCCAGAGCCCAGCCCCAGACACGGAGGACGAGGACGAGCCUGUCUACAUCGAGAUGGUGGGUAACAUUCAGAGGGACCUGAAGCAACGCCUCCUGGAGGACGAGGACCAGAAUGAGUCGGUCUAUGAGGAAAUGAAAUACCCCAUGUUCGACGACAUGCUCCAGGACGCUAAGUGGGAACAGGACAUGGAGCAGGGUCGUUCCUCCUCCUCCCACACCACCCCCCGGGGGUCCCUCUGUGACAUCCCCGCCCCCUUCCCCAACCUGCUCACCCACCGGCCGCCCUUGCUGGUCUUUCCGCCAGCCCCUGCCCAGUGCUCGCCUAACUCGGAUGAGUCACCCCUCACCCCGCUGGACGUCACAAAGCUGCCCAUGCUGGAGAAUGUUGCCACUGGGUACACUAACAAGCCCGGGGGGGGAGCCUCACCCACGACCUCUGAGGCUCCUCCCCCCUCCUCCUCCCCCCACCACUGCAAGGGGGAGAGAGAGAGAGACAGGAAACGAGAACGAGAGAAGGAUAGAGAGCGGGGAGAGCGGGAUCUCCAAUUCACCCACACUAUCACUGCAUCUGGUCGCUCCUCUGCCCCUCCCCUGCCCUCCACUCUCUACAAGGCAUCGGCGUCUGCCCAUGGGUAUCCCAGAAGCCAUUCCGCGUGCCCCUCUCCUGUAAGCAUGGGCCGCACGAUCACACCGCUCAGCCUCAAGCGCCCACCACCUUAUGACGCCCUGAAGAUAGGGGGCAGCAUGCCCCGAUCCACCUCCUCCGUGGCGCAUGCGGCCAAGAGCUCAGUUGGUCAGGAAGGGGGAGGCAAACUGAGUAACUCUUCUUCGGCCCACAGCUCCAUGCAGAAUGUGUCGCGUUCCCGCACCCCUACAAGCCCUCUGGAUGAACUCACCAACCUGUUUAGCGGUGGCCGGAAUAUGCUAAAGAAGGGAUCGGGAGGGAGGAAGGUCAAGGAGUCCGCUGAAUGUGAGGCCAAGACCAGGAGCCACAGUACGGAACCUCUAUCCAGGCACGAGAGCAAAGCUCAUCACGGAGGCAGCCAGGAGUCUCCCAAAUCCCAGGAGUGGGAUGGGCCCUCCGGACAUUCAUCCAACCCCACUGCCAUGCCCAGCCGCCUGGGACGCUCUUCUGUCAGCCCCACCAUGAUGCUGGGGAGUGGGGUCACAGAAUCCAAAGCUGUGUGUAAGCUGGGCCGGUCAGCCUCUACAUCGGGGGUUCCUUCCCCGUGCGGGACGCCCCAGCACCAGCCCUCCGAGCCCCAGCCAGGCUAUAGUCAGAUGAUCCCUCCCAUGCUGUGGGCUUGCGGAGACAGCACCAUGAUGGAGAUGAUUGAGAAGAAGCGCAGCCUGUGUCGGGAGAUCAAGGCCCGCCGGGGGCCAGCAGACAACAACCUGUGUAAGCAGGACAGCAUGCCCAUCUUGCACAGCUGGAGGAAGAGCAGCAAUGGGACCAAGAAGUAUGGCGGCCCUCCCCCUUACUCCACACAGACCACCGUCUUCUGGGACACAGCUAUCUGACAGGAGUGAUCCACCCUGUCCUGGGCCUUGUCACGGGCCUUGUUCAAAUGGAAGAACCAGGACUUGACCAGUAUGUCCAGGACUACUUGGACUUGACUAGUAAGAAACACACAUUUUUGUUUUCCGUUGCAAAACAUUUUAAAAUAGUUUCUGUUGCGUGCCCUAAUGAACACAACCCUGUCCUCAGACUCCUCCCCCUACCUCUCACUAGCCAGAGAUGGGCAUUGAGCUGAUGACCAAUCAGAGCACAGGGAGACAAGAGUUUCCCCCCACCUCUCUGUUGUAGCAAUUCAAAUAUCUGGAAUAUCUCCCUGGUUUCGUAUUGCUAAAUUAUAUUUAAAAAAUAUUGUACCUCAGUAAUUGUCUUAAUAUUGAAUAUGCUUAGUACAAUUAUAUAUUUUCUAAAGAUUAAAAAAUAUAACAUAAUUAGGAAAUUUUAGUCUACAGUUGUUAAAUGGUUUUUCAAAACUUGUCUUGGAUAUUUAUGUUGCAUUGACACUUGUCUCUGCGUUGGAGAUAAUAAUAUGUCGCCAAUAUGUUGAGCCAAUUCAGUAAGAACACCAUGGUUUUUUAUACAAAAAAAUCUAAAGGAUAAAUGUUAUUAUUACGAUGAAAAAAGCACUAAUUUUAAAUGGAAUAUAUUUUGGCAUCUUGAAUUUAGAUGUUGUUGUAUUGGAAUGCUAUUGUGAACCAUUUGAAUGAUCCACAAUGUAGGUUUGGCUUGCUCCACUGCCCUAACAAUCACUAUGACCCUGUCCCAAUACUUAGGGCAAAUCUGCCAUAUCAUAUAGGGCCAGGACCUAAAGUAAUAUGAUAGCACCUAGGGGCAAAUCCUAUCAAAUCAGUGGUGGCACAAAGAGACAAGGAUAACAAUUUACUUGAGCCAGCGUCAUAACACGUUAUGACACGGUCUUAACAUGUCAUAACAACUGACGUAACCUGUCAUAAUAUAGUCAUAACACUGUCAUGACACAUUUUUUGUUCUGACAUUUAUUGCAUUAUUUUAUGGCUGGUUAUGACACCUACAUAAGUGUCAAAACCCACAAAACCCACCACACAAGGCAAAACAUUCCAUUACACCAUAGCCUACUUGUCAACAGUAUAUUUAUGUUAUAUAACAUUUUCUGAAAUUGAACAUAUUCUUAUUAUUGUAAUUGCGCACAAAUUAAUGUCAGACAUGCACCUACCCCAAUGCUCUGUUGCUGAUGACUGGGAUGAAUGCAGGAGAAGAUUUCAGGAGCAGGACAAGACAUCUUCUUUAUGACUGAUUACUGACAUAAGGGCAUAUAUGGCUUAUAUGAUUAUGAUGGUCAUAAUACUUCUUGACAGUGUCAUAAAGUGUAUUUUCUUAAUCCAAGUAAAGUGACACAGGAAGGUCAUAAUGCUUCAUGACAGUGUCAUAAAGUGUAUUUUCUGCAAGUGAUUUAAAAUAUGAUGAAAAACAACAUGACUGUAAAUAAUGAAUUAUGACAACACCAAAGCACUUAAGAAACAAUCUUUCAAAUGAAAGGAAACUUCUUGGCAGGGAUUCUUUUUUUUUUUUUUAUAAUUGUGGGCUUUGACAGUCUUAUGUAGGUGUCAUAACCAGUCAUAAAAUAAUGCAAUAUAUGUCACAUUUGUAAAUAUAUGGGUAAUGACAGUGUUAUGACCAUAUUAUGACAGGUUAUAACAAGUUAUGUCAGCUAUUAUGGCAUAUUAUGACAUGGUCAUGACUGUGUCAUAAAGUGUUAUGAAGCUGCGUGUCAAGAAAAGUGUUACCGAGACAAGAAUAUAGGAGACAAAGAGAUAGGAGGGAAGGAUGCCAUUUAUUAAGUGUGUUGGGACAAGAUGGUUUGUACAGUACCCAACAAGUGCUUCAUAAUCUUUUCACACGACUGAGCCCAGCCAAACUUCACUGCCCUGGCCUGCCCUGGUUACACAUCAACUAUAGUUGCUGGAACCGAGAUGGAAAGAACAAUGUGAAAACAAAAUGUUGACUCUAGCAACUACGGUUCGGGUCUACACAAAAGUGUUAAAAAAGUACAAAAGAUUAUAAGAGAGUCAGUGACCCACAUCACCGUGCCAGAAUAGUGACUGACCGGCAGUGGAAGACUCGGCCAUAGGGAUAGAGAUACUGUCAUGGUGUAUUUAAUAAAGGCAGUUAAGAUUAUCCACCUUUUCAGACAGGAACUAAGCUUGAAUUAAAAUUAUGUCAUGUCUUA